AGAGGAACAGGAGGAGGAGGAGGAGGAGAGGAAGAGGGAGGGAUGAGAGCCGAUGAGGGAGGAGCAGAGACUCAGUGUGUGUUCUCCCUCUGGAGGAGGAAUCAGCAGCUGCAGGACAAUGGAGCGUCUCCACCUCGGAUCCUAACGGACACCGGACUGUUUCCAACCCGCGACACAAGGAGGCGACCGUCAAGCAGCUCCAGGAUGCUGUCUUCCUCGUCCCGUUCAUCAGGAGGCAUCUGAUCCAACCAAUCAUGAUGAAGACUGAGCGCCCGUCGGCCACGGGGGGCAACGGGGCGUCCGCUGGGGGCAGCGGGAGCUCGAACCUGCGGAGUCCCUCACCCCAUCGCAACGCCUACGAGGCGGGGCUGGCGGCCCUGAAGAAGGCCACCGACCACCUCAACAACGCCGCCAACGGGGGGGGCUCCGACCCGGCCUCAAAGCCCGCCCCCUUGCCUCGCCCGACCGGGAGAGGCCGGAGAUAUGGAUCCAACGUCCACCGCAUCAAGAACAUGUUCAUGCAGAUGCAGUCGCCUGGAGACGAGGAGGAAGGAGCCAAACUGAUCGGUGCAGACCAGGCGGUGAAGCUGUCUCUGCCACGCGCCUCCAGCCUCAACGAGAACGUGGACCACAGCGCGCUGCUCAAACUCGGAGGCACGGUCUCGGAGAAGGUCAACCGGUUCGACCACAGACCAGGUGGGGAGGGCGAGAGCUCCUCCGUGGGCUUCACCAAACUGCAGGAGACCAGGAGGAUCUUCGAGCAGCGCACUCUACAGGAGAAGCAGGCGGCCACCAACCGGAUCCUGCUGAAGAAGGAGCGGGCUUCGGGCUUCCAGGGCAGCCGGCUCGAUGUGGUGGCUCGCUUCAACGGCUCCACUGAGGCUCUGGACCGACUUGACGACCCCCCUCCCUCCGCUCCAGCUCCUCCUCCACCUCCACCUCCCACUCCACCUCCACCUCCACCUCCUGCUCCUGCUCCCGCUCCACCUCCAUCUAGUAUUCCUGCUGCUGCCGCCUCAGUCGGGCCCGGUGACGCCGUCAGCCCCACCGUAAGCCAGCUCAGUGCCGUGUUCGAGAAGGUCGAGCCGCUAAGCGACCCCACCCCCCCCCAGCGUCGGUCUGCUCCUGCCCUGGCCCCGAAGCCCAAACCUCCAGCAAGAGGAGAGGCUGUCGGCAGGAAGGUAAAGUCGUUGCCUCCUGGUAAGGAGGCCCCCGAGGAGAGGGCGGGGGGGGCAGAGCGAUCAGAAGGAGUGGUGACCAGCGAGGAGAAGGAUGGGUCCAGACAGGCAGGAGAUCAGCUCUCCUCCACCUCCUCCUCCUCAGCGGCUGUCGCCUCCUCCUCUUCCUCCUCAGAGGCCCAGCCAGGCGUGGAGGCGCAGCCAGCAGGGACUGAAGCCAGGGGCUCCAGUACGGCGCCUGCUCCGGACCGGGAGCCACCAGCGGAGGAUCUGGACGGGCCCAGCGGGGGGUCCGAGGCCGGAGCCCGGCUGGUGCAGGCCGAGGUUCACGCCUCGUUGGAAAAUGGAGAAAAAGAGCCUCCAGGUUCUUCUCCCUCCUCGAAGGAGCAAGGAGCGGACUUUGAGAGGAGGGGUGAGGAGGAGGAAGAGGAGGAGGAAGAGGAGGAGAACGACGAUGAUGGCUCGAGGAAGGAGGACUACUCGGAGGGGGAUCUGGUGGAUAUCAGUGCGUACAGCGGACUUGGGGAGGAGGACUCUGGGGGGAGCCAACUGGACGAUGAGGACGAGGAAGACGAGGAGCCGUAUCAGCCCGAGUCCAGUUGUUCUGAGAUUGCAGGCCUCCCCGAGGAAGAGGAGCCGCCUCCAUCCAAUAGGAAGAUUCAAUUUAGCGUUCAGCCAAUCAAGGUCUUCACCACCUACUCCAACGAGGACUACGACCGACGUAACGAUGACGUGGAUCCGAUGGCCGCCUCGGCCGAGUACGAGCUGGAGAAGAGAGUCGAGAAGCUGGAUCUAUUUCCUGUUGAGCUGGAGAAAGACAGCGACGGCCUGGGCAUCAGUAUCAUAGGAAUGGGAGCAGGAGCCGACAUGGGACUGGAGAAACUGGGGAUCUUCGUCAAGACGGUGACAGAGGGCGGAGCCGCACAGAGGGACAACAGGAUCUUGGUGAACGACCUGAUCGUGGAGGUCGAUGGAACCAGCCUGGUCGGCGUCACUCAGACCUUCGCUGCCUCCGUGCUCCGCAACACCACCGGCACCGUCAGGUUUGUGAUUGGCCGGGAGAAGCCGGGCGAGCAGAGCGAGGUGGCUCAGCUCAUCCAGCAGACUCUGGAGCAGGAGAGGUGGCAGAGGGACAUGAUGGAGCAGAGAUACAAACAGUACAUGGACGAGGAUGAAGAGACGGGUGAAUACGCCACAGACGAGGAGGAGGAGAUGAGUCCAGUGUUUCCAAACUCCAUCGAGGUUUUCGACCUGGCGGAGAACCAGGACAUGAUGUCUCCUGAGGACAUGGACCCCGAGAAGCUGGCCCACAAGUUCAAGGAGCUCCAGAUUAAACAUGCAGUAACGCAGGCGGAGCUCCAGCUGCUGAAGAGGAAGCUGGCUCACGCGGAGCAGGACAAGCUGCGUUGGCGGAUGGAGCGAGCUCAGCUGGAGCAAAACAUCCGGGACAGCAAAGAGAGGAUGGAGAAGCUGGAGGGCUACUGGAUGGAGGCUCAGUCCCUGUGCAAGGCAGUGGAUGAACACCUAAAGGAAACCCAGUCUCAGUACCAAACCCUCGAGAGGAAGUACAGCAAAGCCAAGAGGCUGAUCAAAGAGUACCAGCAGAAGGAGAUCGAGCACCUGAAGAAGGAGACAGCUCAGCGUCGGGCAGAAGAAGAGAGCGAGGUGACGCACAAAGAAGAGACGGACAACCUGCAGGACAAGAUUUCAGACUUGGAGACCAAAGUGGACGCUCUGAAGACGCCGCCCCAAACCUCCUAAGCUGCUGCUGCUCGCUGCCUCCUCCCUGUGAGGAAGAGGAGGGUCUCUGCCUUCAUCCCCACCGGGACUGUAUUUCAUUCCAAUCAACCAUUUACUGCACAGACAGGGAACCACAGGGGGGGGGGGGGCGUUCACAUUAAAGGACGACAACUGUAAGAGAGGAUGAGGAGGGUGACGCAGCUUCUCAUCUGUCAGUAACCAAUCCCCGAACGCACCAUCAGUAUUACCCACAAUCCUCCUUGUGUGUCCACCUGGCGACCGGCUUGACCAUCAACACAGAAAACCACAUUCAGCAGCUUGUACUUCACUUGUGGAUGAUUUGCUUUUUUUCACCUUCAUCUCACCGGGCUCCAGUUCAAUUUAUUUUUAAAAAAGCGCUUUUAAUAACCAGGCUUGUCACAAAGUGCUUUAUACAGCGGGAGAGCACGUGAAGGAGAAGAAGAGGAUGGAAGGGGGAAGAGGUCAAAGGUCGCGUGACUUCCUGUGUCCUGGGAACCGGACUGAAGAUUCUCCUGAAGAGGACACGAGUGUUGUUUCAUAACUGCGAGGAGAAGUGACCCCCCUCAUUUUUAAAAACUCUAACCCUGGAGCGGAGCCUCUGUGGUCGGGAUGAACCACGAUGAAAACUCUUUAAAAAGGAAAAAGCCACCAACGAGGGAACUGGGGAGCAGAACCACCGAUGGGUUUCUGAACUGGGAAGUGACAGAACUUUGUUUUUCUAUUUCUCUGGGAGCGAUGGAAGGAAUCAGGCAGGACUGUGAACUGGUGGCGUUCUGUUUGUACAUAUUCUACACGUGUAUUUAAAAGUGUUUAAACGGCUAAAGCAAUUCAUCGGGUGUGAGGCGGAGCUGUGAGCGAAUGAGCACGUUGCAGAAGGUUCAGUGCGUUUCAUCUCUUUCUAUCCACCAGGGGGCCAACAGGGUGUGAAUAGUCUUAUCUGUGCUUCUAGAGCUUCUGUAUAUUAGCUGUUGUUUCUCUGUGGGUUCACAUGCACUCCAGCGUCCUGAGCUCCACCCUCGACGUGGACCUCAUUCCUGAGAUGUUGCAGGAAAACAUCACUUUCUCCUUCAACAGCCAGAAGACGUUGGGUCUGUUGCUCUGAGCUCAGGCUCCAGGGUCCACGGAGAACCUCCACUGAACUCCCACAGUCAGAGAACUUCUCCGAGUCAAUGGUUCAAACGUUUACCGAGGCAGAACAACUCUCAUUGGUUGAGGUAAACGUAAGUGGGCGGGGCCAAAUGUUCCUAACCAAUAGUGUUUCUGAGUCAGAUAUUGAUCAUCAGACUUCUGAUAACAAUAUAAUUAACAGUAUUCUCUCUUUUUCACUUUAAUAUGCUGCAGGAAACACAAUGAAAUGUCAUUAUGAUAGAUAUUGUCAGUGUUGUCUCCACGACCUCAAACAUUAGUGUUUCUGUUUCCUUUUACUAAUAUUACUGAAAUGAAUUAAUACUCAUAUUAACUCAUAAUAGCAACCAGGUAUUUGUGGACAUUGGACGCUUGAAUUAUUUUGAACCUUAAAAUAAACAAGUCAAGUGAAAUCAA